AUGGGAGGUCUUCCAGGCAUCCGCGAAGACAAACAUGGGGGUUGGCGCUUGCCAGAGGUUGUGGACUACACAUUGGAAAAGAAGACAAGCGAGACAAACACCGAAGCUGGCACGAACUCGAGCUUGGGCUUGGAGCACCCUAUCGAUGCCUUGAUCUCCUGUGUGGCGCAACUUGAGAAAUCCAUUAUGGGCGGACACCAGAAGAUGCUCGAUUCGACGGCGUAA